GGGGGUAUGCGCAUGCGCAGUCCCGCCGCGGACAUGGUCAUAUCUCUGCUAGCGUCUGCGGGCUGCAGUGUUUAUCCGGACUGAGUGCAUGUUAAUGCUGCCUCGGACAUGAACCCUCGGCUGUAAGGAUAUAAUUUAUCUAAAAUAUUAACUUCAGGCGACAAAACGACGCGAGACAACAUGAAGCUAACACGGAAACUGGUGCUGGCUAAAGCGAAGGCCUCUGACCUGGACAGCGUGAAGAAACUUAACUGCUGGGGAUGCAACCUAACUGAUAUUUGUAUCUUCUCUCAAAUACCCAACAUUGAGGUGCUGACACUCAGUGUGAACAGCAUCUGCUCCCUGUCUCCCCUGGCCGGCUGUCUGUCUCUGUGUGAGCUCUACCUGAGGAGGAACAUGAUCCCCUCCCUCUCAGAGCUCUCUCACCUGCGCCCGCUCACCCGCCUCAAGGUGCUCUGGUUGGCCGAGAACCCCUGUUGUGGAAGUGACUCCAACCAGUACCGGAUGACCGUGCUCCGCUGCCUGCCCCGCCUACAGAAACUGGACAACCAAGUCGUCACAGAGGAGGAGGUCACCCUCGCUCUCGUGGAGGGGGAAGAGGUCACCACCCCUCCCACCCCCGUCCAGACCCAGGUGUCCUCCAACGGGCUGACCGACGCAGAGACCGAGAACGACCCGCUCAACUACAACAUGGAGGAGACCAAUAAAAUCAGGGAGCAGCUGGGCAUGAAGCCUCUUUCCAGAGACAAGUUCCCCUCUCUGUCCUCUCCGUCAGCCAGAGAAACCAAAACAGUGGUCAAAAAGUCUCACACUCUCGAGGCGGUGCUGCUGUUGCUGAGGGAUCUGGAUGAGGAGGAGCUUCACGUUGUGCACACGGCCGCCCAGAACAGACUGCAGACAUACACACUUCACUCCGAGACGCUGACAGACUCGCUGCAGACACAGAAAACUGCUGACGUCCAGCUCUAAUCCAUUUCACGAGACGCACUAAAGGCCAAACUUGAAUCAGCUCCCCUCUUCCACACUAACACUGCACCUUAGCUGUCAACAGAGCAGGGAUCAGCAACCUGGUAAUUUAACCCCUUUUCUCCCUCAUUGCAAUUAGGGCUGCGCAUUAUGUCGAUAUUGUGGUACGACACUAGAUAUUGUCUCGGAUUUUGGAUAUUGUAAUAUUGUGAUAUGACAUUUGUGUUGUCUUUUCCUGGUUUCACAAGCUGCACUACAGUAAAGUAUAUUUCUUAAUUACCUGACUUCCUAACUUACCUAGCUUUUCUAUUAUUUUCUUUUGUCCAUUUAGUUACUCUAUAGGAAUAAAAAAAAAAAACUCACUGUGUAGAUAUUUUGUGAAAGCACUAAUAGUCAUGCCCACAAUAUUGUCACAAUAUCGAUGAGGUAUUUGGUCAAAAAUAUUGUGCUAUUUGAUUUUGUCUGCAUCGCUCAGCCCUAAUUGCAACAUGCAUGUUUCUGUUGUUUGAGUGACACGUCAUUCCUUUGGUUGGUCCAUUAAUUGUAGAUGUGGAGGACAGUAAAUCAUUUCCUUGGCUUGCUUUUUUUUAUAGCAGCAUGUCUGCCUGCCUGCCUGCCUUUUCAGAGCACAAGAAUGUAUGUUUUGCUAAAAUGUAAAUAAGACAUUGUACCUAUUUGUGUAAAUAAAGAACAAAAACUGCAA